CCGUCUGACGUGUGUUUUCCGGUCGCUCCACUUCUGUACGCCGAAAUGGCAGGAGUUGUUAGGAGAAAAGCCCCUGGCCAACACUCUCAUGUGUGGGCAAAACUUCGAACAUUAUGGCAGGAAAAGCAUUUAAUUUUGUUCAAGCCAGAAUACACUCUUAUGGUGGUGUCACUUCUCUGGUUGUUGGAAAUUGGGAUCAAUGUAUGGGUCAUACAGAAAGUAGCGUACACUGAGAUAGACUGGAAGGCGUACAUGGAUGAGGUGGAGGGAGUCAUUAAUGGUACCUACGACUACAAGGAGCUAAAGGGAGACACCGGCCCCUUGGUGUAUCCUGCAGGGUUUGUCUACAUCUUCACAGCACUGUACUACGUCACCAGCCAUGGGGUGAACAUCUGUCUGGCUCAGUACCUCUUUGCUGCUUUCUACCUCAUCACCCUGCUGCUCGUGUUCAGGAUAUAUAAUCGCACUAAAAAGGUUCCUCCGUAUGUGUUCUUCUUUGUGUGCUGCGCCUCGUACCGCAUCCACUCCAUCUUCGUGCUGCGUCUCUUCAACGACCCGGUGGCCAUGUUGCUCCUGUUUGGAGCCAUCAACCUCUUCCUGGAUGGACACUGGACUCUGGGCUGUGGUGUUUACAGUUUAGCAGUGUCUGUGAAGAUGAACGUGCUUCUGUUUGCCCCCGGCCUUCUCUUCCUGCUCCUGUCUGAGUUUGGGUUAAUCAAGACCAUCCCUAAGCUGACUCUCUGUGCAGCCAUACAGCUGCUGCUGGGCCUGCCCUUCCUGAUGGAGAACCCCCUGGGCUACAUGAACGGGGCCUUCGACCUGGGCCGCCAGUUCAUGUUCAAGUGGACGGUGAACUGGCGCUUCCUGCCCGAGUGGCUGUUCCUGAGCCGCUCCUUCCACCUGCUGCUGCUGUCCGCUCACCUGCUCACCCUGCUGCUGUUCGCCCUGCGUCGCUGGAAGAGGCCCGGGCAAAGUGUUCUUGACCUGCUGAAAGAGCCGUCUAAGAGGAAGAACCCUGCUCAGAAGCCCACAGAGGAUCAGCUGGUGCUGAUACUGUUUGCCUCUAACUUCAUCGGGAUGUGCUUCAGCCGCUCACUGCACUACCAGUUCUACGUGUGGUACUUCCACACUCUGCCCUUCCUGCUGUGGAGCGGAGGGGUCGAGAAGCUAGCCCCCCUGCUCAGGCUGCUGAUCCUGGGUCUCAUCGAGCUCUCGUGGAACACCUACCCCUCCACGGAGUACAGCUCGGCGGCCCUCCACGCGUGCCACCUCGUCAUGCUGCUGUCCCUGUGGCUGGCCCCGGAGCCGGCCCCGGCCCCGGCCCCGGCCCCGGCCCCGACCCAAGACCAAGGAGCGCCCCAAAAGGACAAGCAGCUCUAGGCUCCGUCCCAGCUAGACUCGGCCAACGCUGGAGCGUGGUUAAGGUCGGGGCCUGACCGCUGACUGAGUGGUUUCCGUCCCCCCGACCCUCUCCCAUCUCCCACACCCGCUUUGCCACAGCCGGUCCAGAGGGUCCCCCCUCCCCCCCCCCCCCCCCCACCCCCCGAGUGGACUGUCUUAAAAUGGAGGAGCGUACGGUUCUGGCCGUGUCAGCUACUCACCGGGGGGGUCACCGCCAGGAGAGAGCUCACUGACCUGGGGUGGGGAGGGGGGGGGGGGUGAUCACACCCGUGGCAGGCCAGGUGUGUGUGUUUGUGUGUGUAACUCCUGCGCUGUGGUUCAGCAGGGGAACUGAAGGGGGUCUCUCAGGUUCCGUUUUAAACUAGAUUGUAGUCAAAUGAGAGGGUUUCAGCGUUGAAGGAGAAGCUGUGAAGGUUUGCUGUGCUGUAAUAUAGCUUGAUGGAGAAUGUGAAGGACAUGUGUGAGUGGACAUUUACCACCGCCCCUCCUACUUCUCUGUAUUUAUUUUGUUGCGUAAUUGUUACCAAACCAUACUUUAGAAAAAUGGUCAUCAUUUACAAGUGCAUCAAUAUUGGCGCAGUUUACUGAAAGAAUAUGUUCUGUUGUGUUGCAACAAGUGAAAGUCUAAGCUUUACGUUCAGCUGUGUGAGGAAUGCGUUUUGUAGAUCCACAGGCAUGAGUGACUGCCAAAAAUAGAAUGCAAUAGUCAGGCAGAUUCCUGCACAACUAUGCUAGGGACAAUCACGGCACUUCAGCAUUUAUUGUAUUUAACUUACCUUCUUAUUUCAAUGUGGCUCUUCACAGAAUAAUCAUUUUAAUGUGAACAACGCGCUUCUUUUUUUAUUCAACUAACUAAUGACCGGUUACCAUGUUUGUUUGUUUUUGGUGCAAAUUCACUGUUUUCAAAGUGAUUUUAUUUUGUAAAACAAUAAAUUCAAAUUAUUGAUUAA